UGAACAGUUCAAUAUGAGUUUUCGUUGCGCAGCUUGCACACUCUUUAGGAGAAGAUGCCAACAAGAUUGUAUUUUUGCACCUUAUUUUCCUCCUACUGAACCAGACAAAUUUGAAUUGCUUCACAGAUAUUUUGGUGCCAGAAAUGUAGCAAAAAUCCUUCAGGAAGUUGAAGAUAAUCAAAGAGCUCAAGCAAUAGAGACAAUGUAUUUUGAGGCUCGAUCCAGGGUUGAGGAUCCAGUUCUUGGGUGUUAUAGGAUCAUAGCUCAACUACGAAAGCAAAUACGUGAGACAGAAGCUGAGAUUGAGAAGACCCAUGCAGCAAUCGCCUUCUAUGCCCACCAACCACAUCAAAGGAACCAUUUUUAGCAAUCUAAAAGCUUUUCUAGUUCCAAAAAUCCAUGAACACCACCACCCAUCCUGAUCAAAGAGUCUUCUUUGUUUGAACCCAAACUCGUCAGUUUUAAGUAGCUUUGUGUUCUUGUUCUGGUGUUGCUUUAGUUUAAUAAAUUAAGUUGAUUGUGUCAGCA